UGCAGAGAAGAGAAGGGAAGACAAGAGAAGAGGAUGAUGAAGAUGAGGCUGCUGUGUCUUCAGCUGGUCACCAUCUGUGUUUUCCUACAGGUGCCUGGAUGUUUCCCAUCAUGCCUCAUAAGGGGCUCCGUCGCACACUGUGCCGCCAUGAGGCUUACCUCGGUUCCUGCUCUCCCUCCCGGAAUCACGCACCUUUACCUGGAGAUGAACCGCAUCAGUGAGAUAAACUCGUCUUCGCUGUCAGGUCUGGAGCAGCUGCAGGAGCUGGACCUGGGAACACAGACUGUGCCGCUUGCGAUCGGGAGCAACACCUUCGUAAAUCAAAGACGUCUGAAGACACUGAUGCUGGACUUCAACGUCGGCCUCCAGCUAGAGCCUCUGGCCUUUGAGGGAUUGUCCAGUUUGCAGUCACUCUACCUGGGUUACUGUUCACUCAAUGAGUCCAUACUGAAGGGGAACUUUCUGGAGCCGCUCUCCUCUUUAGAGACUCUUAACCUCUUUGGUAACCACAUAAAAAGACUCCAGCCCUCCAUGUUCUUCGCUAACAUGAGCCACUUGAAAGAUCUGAACCUCCAGCUGAACAGAAUCAACAAACUAUGUGAAUCAGACCUUGUGGGUUUCCAGGGAAAAUACUUCAAUGUCAUGAAGUUGAACUCAGGAUUGAAACUUACUGCAAUGUCCAGUUUUGAUUGCGGGAAUCCUUUCAGGGGAAUGUCCUUUCAGACCUUGGACCUGUCUAACAACGGGUUCAGUGUGGAUCAAUUGAAGCGGUUCUUCAGAGCAAUUGACGGAACAAAGAUCUCCCACCUCAAACUCUCCGGACACAUCGGUAAAGGACUCUCUUUUAAUAACCUCCCUGAUCCGGACCACACCACAUUUGAGGGCUUAAAGAACAGCUCAGUCCUUGAUUUGGACCUGUCCAGAAACAGAAUAUUUGCACUGCAGCCGGAGGUUUUCAGUCCACUGAGAGACGUCGUGAAUAUUGACAUUUCCCAAAACAGAGUGAAUCAUAUUCACAAAAAUGCCUUCAAAGGUCUUCAAGGUCACUUAAACAAGCUCAAAUUGUCACACAACCUGCUCGGGGAAAUCUACUCUUACACGUUUGAUUCUCUGACAAACCUGGAAGUGUUGGAUUUGUCUUACAAUCACAUCGGUGCACUGGGUUAUGGUUCCUUUCGGGGACUUCCCAAGCUCAAGACAUUGCUUUUAACAGGGAACACUCUACGAGACGUAGGUUUCCCGGCGUCUUUACCGACUUUAGAUCAUCUCUUUUUGAACGACAACAGGUUGGCGCCCUCGUCAGUGAGCAGCGUCGCUCGGUUUGCCAGUAACAUUACAUACCUGGACAUUAGAGACAACAGAUUAAAGGACUUGGGGGACGUUUACACGCUUGAGACCCCGCUGAAACGCCUGCAGUAUCUCUCCUUUGGAGGAAACACAAUCAGGUGGUGCACACAAAGUUCAUCGUUCGGUCCAAAUGAUCUCCAACACCUGGAUCUUCACAGCAGCUCCCUGCAGACUGUUUGGUCACAGGGCACAUGUCUGAACAUGUUCGACAGUUUUGGACGCGUGGAAGUUCUGAACUUGAGCUUCAACGGGUUGCGGUCUCUUCCUGAAGGCAUCUUUAAGGGUCUCGCAUCAGUCCGUUUGAUGGACCUCUCGUCCAACGCCUUGACAUAUCUCCAGCCUGACGAGUUGCCCAAAAGUCUGAAGGCACUUAACCUCGCCGACAACUUCAUCGCCUCCCCAGACCCGGCUGCUUUCCGCUCCCUCAGAUUCCUCGAUCUGACCAUGAACCGAUUCCACUGUGACGCCAAACUGAAGAACUUUCUGACGUGGAUGAACCAGACCAACGUGACCUUCCAGAGUCCUGUUGAGGAGCUCAGAUGUGAAUUUCCUGCUGGUUUUCGUAAUACUCCCUUAUUGCAAUACUCUGCUCAGGUCACACUGCAGGAAAACCACAUAAUAAGUCAAGUUCUUUUAUAGUUUUUAUAUAUUUUCUUAGUAUAGGCUGUGGAUCUCUGUUCACAGCCUAUACUAAGAUACAGUUACUAAGAUAUUAACUAAGGUCGUCACACGUAUUGUUUUUGUAACAUCGUGAUGGAAUAUUGUUCAAUAAUGUGAAGCUCAUAUCGCAACACAUCCCUACUGAAUACUUGCUUCCCGCUGGCCUAAAGAAACUAAAUCAAGCCAUCCAUUAUGUAUCUGGUUUCUUUAUAGGUUUGCAUGUCCAGCAGGUGGCAACGUUGCACCACAAAUUGAAAGGCUGUUAAAAGCCAGAACUGAAAAAAAAGUACAAAUAUCUUACCA